AUGGACUGGUCAACUCACUACCCGGGUAUUGAGAACCCCAGGAACGUUGACUUUUUGGACGUCGGCUGUGGAUUCGGUGGACUCACAGUGAAGCUGGCGGAGCUGUUUCCGGACAAGCUGACGCUGGCGCUCGAAAUCCGAGCCAAGGUGACGGAAUAUGUGCGUCUUCGUAUUGAGGCGCUUCGCUCCGAGAACCCUGGCCAGUUCCAAAACGUGUCGGCACUGCGCACGAACGCUAUGCGCUAUUUGCCUCACUACUUCCGCAAGGGACAGAUGGCCAAGAUGUUUUUCUGCUUCCCGGACCCACAGUUCAAGACGCGUCUGCACCGCCGCCGCAUCGUCCACACGCCACUUCUUGCUGAGUACGCGUAUCUUCUGGCUCCGGGCGGCAUCCUGUACACCAUCACGGACGUGGAGGAGCUGCACGAGUGGCACGUAGAGAAGUGCUCCGCCCACCCGUGCUUCACUCGCAUCCCUGACAACGAACUGGAGUCCGACCCGUGCGUGAAGGCCAUGACAGAGGAGACUGAGGAAGGCAAGAAAGUCGCCCGUGGCGGCGGCAAGAAAUAUGUGGCCGUUUUCCGACGGAAGGCGAAUGAGGACGUCGCUGUGGACAACCUUUUCUGGUGA